CCUCCCUAAGCCUGUCCUCACAGUACAGCCAGGCUCUGUGGUCUACAAGCAGAGUAUGGUGAUCUUCUUGUGUGAGGGGACCACAGAAGCCGAAGCAUACAGAUUCUAUAAAGGACAACAAUGGCACACAGAGAAUCCACAGAAUCCUAAGAACAAGGCUGAAUUCUCAAUCUCAAAAAUAGCCCAUCACCAAGCAGGACAAUAUCACUGUCAAUAUCAGACUCAUGAUGGAUGGUCAGAGUAUAGUGACACCCUGGACCUGGUGGUGACAGGAGCCUACAGUAAACCCAGCCUGUCAGCCCAGCCCAGCCCUGUGGUGACUGAAGGAGGGAAUGUCACCCUCCAGUGUGUCUCAGGGCAGGCAUAUUACAGUUUUGUUCUGGUUAAGGAAGGACCACAGAAGCUCUCCUGGACACAGGAAUCAGAGUAUAACUACUCUAUUAGACAGUUCCAGGCCCUGUUCCAUGUGGGCCCUGUGACCUCCAGCCAAAGGUGGACAUUCAGAUGCUACAGCUUUAACAAGAACAGACCACAGGUGUGGUCAGAAUCUAGUGACCCCCUGGAGCUCCUGGUCUCAGGGACCCUCCAAAAACCCACCAUCAAGGCUGAUCCAGGCUCUAUGGUCUCUUCCAGGAGUGCUGUGACCAUCUGGUGUCAGGGGACCCUGGAUGCAGAAAUAUGUGUUCUGCAUAAACAGGGAAGCCAAACACCCUGGGACAUACAGACCCCAGAGAAGCCUGAGAACACGGCCAAGUUCUCCAUCCCUUCUGUGACACAGCAACAUGGGGGACAAUAUCACUGUUACUGUUACAGCUCAGCUGGCUGGUCAGAGCGCAGUGACACCCUGGAACUGGUGGUGACAGGAAUCCACUACAAUAAACCCAGCCUGACAGCCCUGCCCAGCCAUGUGGUGACCUCAGGAGGAAACAUGACUCUCAAGUGUGUCUCAUAUCAUGGAUAUGACAAGUUCAUUCUCACCAAGGGUGACCAGAAGUUCCUCAGCUCUCUGAACUCACAGUUUAUACACAGUAUUAGGCAGUACCAAGCCUUGUUUUCUAUAGAUCAUGUAAUACCAGACCACAGAGGGACAUUCAGAUGUUACGGUUACUAUAAGGAUACCCCACAGUUGUGGUCAGUACCCAGUGAACCCCUGGAAAUACACAUCUCAGGACUGUCCAAGAAGCCCUCCUUGCUGACUCACCAAGGCCAUAUCCUGGACCCUGGAAAGAGCCUCACCCUGCAGUGUUGCUCUGACUUCAACUAUGACAGAUUUGCUCUGUACAAGUUAGGGAGAGCUGACUUCACCCAGCAUGAUGGCCACUGGACCCAGAGUGGCUUCUCCUUGGCCAACUUCACACUGGGCCCUGUGAGCAGCUCUACUGGAGGCCAAUACAGAUGCUAUGGUGCAAACAACCUCUCCUCUGAGUGGUCAGCCGCCAGUGACCCCCUGGACAUCCUGAUCACAGGACAGCUUCCCUUCAGUCCUUCCCUCUCAGUGAAGCCUAACUCCACAGUACACUCUGGAGACAACGUGACCCUGCUGUGUCAGUCACCAUACAAGGUGGACACUUUCAUUCUGUCCAAGGAGGGAGCAGCCUACCACCUCCAGCCACUAAAAUCAAAGUCUGAAGCUUGGGACUUGCAGGCAGAAUUCUCCUUGAGUGCUGUGACCUCUGACUUCUCAGGCACCUAUAGGUGCUAUGGAUCUCACGACUCAUCUCCCUACCUGCUAACACAAGCCAGUGACCCUGUGGAGCUCACGGUCUCAGGACCCAUUGGAACCUCCAGCCCACCACCCUCAAAGUCCAUGCCAACAGCUGUUUGUGAGUAA